GACGAAACAUAUAACAGCCCACAACCCGCUUCGCGGCACUUGUUUAUCCUCUGUCGCAAUAACGAACCAUCCUACGCGCGUACAUUAAGAAAGCACACUAAAGAACACGGGGAGGGGAUGUGUGUGACAUUUUGACUGAGCGCGUUUUAAACUGCCGCUUCAUCGAUUAUCGUCCCUAAAUCAAACUUCAUCGAUCGCGAUGGCGACCGAGUGCACCCGGGACGCGAUCCAAAGCUUCCUCACGGAGAGGGGGGGCCGGGUCCCGCACGCAGACCUGACGCAUCACUUCCGGCGGGCCUUCCCGGAGGACGACCCCCCGCUGAGGACCGCGCUCCGCGAGACCUUCAAGACCCACGUGGACGCCGUCGCGUGCGUCAGGGUGGAGGACGGCGUGCGGCUCGUGUGCCUAAAGAAGCGCUACAUGCGCCUGGUGACGCCGCGCGUUGCAGCGGUCGUGGAGGCUGACCCGCGCGUCGCUGUUGGCAACGGGGCAGGGACGACGCGCGCGGAGCCGAAUGACCGACGCGCGCGCAGAGACGGAGAUGGAGACAGGGAGACAAGUCCGUCUAUGCGCGCGAACAGCACGACACAGCCUGGCUCGGAUUACGGAAAUGACAGCCAGGUGAGAGCGAGCGCACCGCCCGUUCCUUAUGUACACAUCUCAUCCGAGAAAACUCCCGCGUCUCCAAGCACCGCGGACACGCACGGGGAGAACGACAUGGGGAACCGGUGGACUUCAAACGGCGGGAAGACUUUAUCGAUUGAGAGGUGCGCGCCGAGGAUCGCCGUGAUUGACGACUCACCGCUCCCGGUGGCGGGCGAAGGCUCCGUGUUCGUCCUACCGGGAAGCGCGCCCGGUUCCGCGUCUCAAGAUACGCUUAGGCACUCCUUAGCGACGGCAGAAGAAUCACAACAAGUCACUUCGGUUGACGAGGACGUGUUUGGACUUGAUGACGGCGGCGGCCAAGUGGAUUCUCCCGACUUCGCGACGAACCGCUCGCCGCAGGCGCUGCGCUCCAUGUCGCAGCGCAACGCGUCUUUCCGCUCGGCGCGGCGUGGCGACGCGGACAGCGACGCCGCAUCGCUUGCGUCGUCGAACGCGGACACGGAUACGGACGACGGUUCCUCCUCCGUGGCGGCGCUUGACCCGCUGGAGCACGAGUGGAUGAUGUGCGCUUCGGACGGCGAGUGGGAGCGCCUAGUGGCUCUGCUGACCGGCGAACCGUCGCUCGUCCUGCGCAAGGACUUCGUCACCGGCUUCAAUCUCCUUCACUGGGCGGCCAAACGGGGCGACCCGGAGCUGCUCGCGUUGGCGGUGAACUUCGCCAAGCGUCGCGGCGUGCCCGUGGACAUCAACACGCGGUCCAGCUGCGGCUACACGCCGCUACACCUGGCGGCUAUGCACGGCCACCUUGAGGUAGUGAAGCUUCUCGUCGGGGCGUACGACGCGGACGUGGAGGUGCGGGACUACGGCGGCAAGAAGGCGGCGCAGUACCUUGCGAACGGCGCCGCCCUGGACAUACGUGAUAUUAUCGGCGCGUUUAACGACGGCGGGGAAGAGGAUGCAGUCGAUGGCCGGGAGGAAGGUGCUCGCUGGAACUUCCUGCCGCACCUGAGGCCCCUGCGGAUGCCUGGCGAAGGGGAGACCGGGGCCCGGGCGAGGGUGAAGCCAUUGCGGAGGAUGUCGUCGCUGGGCCGUGUUAAACCGAGGCUCCAGAAGCUACGGGACAGGACGUCACAGAUCGUCCACAGCGCUUCGUUUCGUGAGCUGGGCGUUGGCCCGGCCCGACCCAGGUCUGAGUACGUCCCUGGACCGGAACCGGCGCACUAAACAGUGGGGGACUGGAUGGAUGGAAGGUGAUUCGGGGGGAAUUCGGGGUCGGAAUCAGUAAAGUACAAGCUCAGAGUGCAGGGUCUAACUCAGGGUCCUGAUCAGUCAAGUACUAGUACAAAGUGCAGAAUUGAAAUCAGUAAAGUUCCAGCUCAAAGUGCAGGAUUUAAAUCAGUAAAGAACAAGUUUCGAAAUCAGUGAAGUGCAAGCACAAAGCCCAGGCAUGAAAUCAAAGAACCACAGCUCAAGUGCGGUUCUUUUACAGAAAAUAGGCCAGAUUAUAAACAGCGUUUCCAGACACUGAUUAAUGCUUGGAAGUUAACCUUGCUGGAUUCUGCGGUAUUAAGCACUGACUGAUUUGAUGGCACAAUGGAGGGAGGGGAAAUGAGGUCAAAAUCAGGGUCGCAAUCAGUAAAGAUCCACAGCUCAGUGUUGUUCUUUUACAGAAGAUAGGCCCGAUUUAUAAAAAGCAUUUCCAGACACUGAUUAAUCUAGCCUAUAGGACGAAAACCUGCUGUACGAUUCUUAAGCAUUAAGCACCUUUUUGAGUUUGACGUAUGGGGCACCUCACACUAGUGAGGUCACUAAGCCUCUUAAUGUGCUCGGGGGGUGGGGGCAGGAAUGUCUUACUAUCCCUAAAAAGACUCUUGAAUGUCAGGCAAAGUAAAUCAUUGUUAGCCCCUGACAAAGACCCAUUUUCUACUGCUUUUCGAUGCUGUUUUAGACUGGGUUUCUUAUGGGAUUUCCCGAUUUGGAUUCAAAAUGAACGCCACAAGUUUGUCAGGUUGCUGCUGGCUCUCCUGAAUCCAAAUUCUCCCAAGCAUGUGGAGGACUUUGAGCUAAGGCAAAGCCUCUUUCGCCUAAUCCACCGCCACAGAGUUCGACUGUACCAGGGCCAAGUAUGUGAACAUGGGAAGGGGGGAGGAGGAGGGAGAGGAGGAAGGGGGAGAAAGAUAGUUUACUUUUGCUCACUUUAAGAAAAGGCGUGGUCGUUCAGGGAUUAAACUGGUCGGACGUGCUGUGUCUUGUUGCUGGGAGGGGAAGCAAUGCCUGGAAUAUCUUCUUCUUGCGUCAACCUGAUGUUUGACCUGGUUACCGACCCUUUCUGAGUCCCGUUUGUCGAACUUUGAGUCGAUUUUACAAUUGAUUCGACGCACUCGUUAGGUAAUUGUUUUUAUUCGAAUUGCGCUCUUAAUUUAAAAACUUCUAGGAGUUUUUUGACUCCUUUUUACGCCUUGAUUUUUUUGUCGAUUUAAAUUAACUUGUUUUUCUUUUGAUUGUAUUGCGCUCUUAAUUUGAAAACCUCUAGUUAAU